GCGACCUAUUUCAAACCCUCGUUGAGUACCUAUGUAUGGCUGAUGGAUUGGAGUCCGACAACUCCAAGGAGGCAGAACUACUCCACGCCUUCCGCCUCCUUCAAACGCAGACCUUGCAAAGCCCGACAGCUGCCAAUGAGCAGAAGAGGGACAAGUGUUCCACAUUAUUUCCACGCUGGCUGAUUGCAGUGAACCUCUUGUUCGUGCUCUUUUGUGUCUUGCUGGAAAUCUGCCUCCAUCCACCCUGCCUGCGCAGCAAUCCCGACCUAAAAUUGAAGUACCCAGCUCAAACGGCUUAUGCGACUCUGAUUACUUUGGUCUUCGGCCUGACCCAGCUGCUGAACGGCGUGCGAUCUUCCUUCGUGUUUGCCGGCUACCUGGCGGUCCUGGCCAUCUUCGGCAUUGUGGGUCACAAUGACAUCGUGCAAGGCUUCAGGCGGCUAGGCCCUUGGCUGCCUCAGCUGCAGUUCGUGAUCAUUUGUGGUAUUCACGAUUCAGGAAUACUCGAGUUUUCCCUUCUGCGGAUGUUGGGUGGCCAACACAGAGAAGAGUGGACGUUUCCACGAGCCCGGCUUUAUUUGGCUACUUUGUGUAUGGGAGCUUUCGUUGGCGCGACCACCACCAUUACUGUUGGAACGCCGGUGAUCAUUCAAUGGGCAAAAAGCCACAGCUUUCAAUUGCGGCCUUUGCUGCUGAUGAUGGUCGUAGCGGCGACUUGUGGAAAUUCGGUCUUCGUGACCAGCAGCCCUUCUUCCAUUGCCAUUCGCGACAUUAUAUGUAACUCUGACACCGGCUGUGAGCUGAAGUCCCAGGCCUUUCUCGCCUUGACCAAUGCAGCGAUCCUGGGCCUCUAUGUGGUGAUGAUUGGGGAGGUGCUCUCCAGGAAGGAUCAGCAGCCCCGACUCCCACAGGCCCAGCGGCGCACUGGCUUUAGCGAUCCUGAGCUUACGAGCUGCCGGUUGGAGAUGCCAGAGGUGCUCUCUGGUGCUGAUGCCUCUGAAUCGGAGGUCUCUGACCUGGACCUACUUCCCUAUGAGCUUGAUUUCGUGAUUGUGGCGGGAUCUCUGAUUUGUGGGCACACCCCCCGCUCUGCCGGCUUUAUGAAUCUGAAGGAAGUGGCAAUUCAGAGAAUCUCAAGGCUUCUCAAUAGCGCCACAGAUAGUCCAGCCUUCCGGUCGGCGGAGGGCACGUUGGAUGAAUGGGUCUUGGACUCCGGGGACCUGAUUGCGACCCGAUGCUCAGCAGCUGGCGUUGUGGCGAUGCGCCGAUAUCCUGGGGUCUUUGUGAUGAGAGGACUGCACUGCCAUCAGGCUCUGGGUGGACGACGCCACGAGAGACGCCUGUACGAAAGCGUGAUUGCAAGAGGCAGUGAGGUGAUUGGAAGAAGCCUGGAGGAGCUGCUGGGGCUGCCGAGCAUGUCAGAAGCUACGCCAGCCCCUGAGAUCUUGGAGAUUCCCUGGUGCGUGCGGAUGUUUCGCGGCUAUCCCUUGGCUGCGUGCCGCCGGGAGGGCGACCAAGUUCGAGCCCAACCACUGUCUCCGCACGAUUUGCUCCAAGCGGGUGACGUGAUGCUCAUCGAUGCCUUUGGGGAGUUUCCUUCACUCCAAACGGCCAAACGCUUAUUCUUGAUAUCGGGCUUGGUGCCAAAAUCCCAAGCCCCUCGCCACGGUCGGUCAACUGAUAUGUGGCGUGGCAUCAUGGCAGUCCUUGGCCUUGUUGUGGCCCUUUUCCUGGACUUGCAGAAGAGAUGCAACAUCUUGGUGAGCACCAUGGUGAUCGCUGGCAUGCUCUUCAUCACCUCCGGUGUGAAACCUGACCAAGUCUCCGAAGUCCUCGACUGGAACUCCUGCUUGACAAUUGGCCUGGGUGAAGGGGUGGCCACGGCCCUGCGACGAACAGGCUUGCAAGGAGCUUUGGCCAAGGUGAUCGUUCAGAUUCGUGCAAUUGGAGGACUUCCGGUGCAGUUGAUGCUGUUGUCCUUCAUUGCCCAGCUUGCGGCGGCUUGUAUUUCACCCACCCCAGCAGGGUUACUGGUGGCAAAUGCGGCUUUGGCUUUGGACAAUGAAUAUGGCCAGCUCUCCUCACGGCAGCUUCUUCUUCUGAUUGUCAUUUCCUCAAACAUGGUGCUCAAUGUGCCCAUGCCUGAUGAACUCAUGCGAAACAGCAAGCGUGCAUUCAGUGUUCGCAGUGUGCUGCUUUGGUCGCUGCCGACCUUUGUGCUGGUGGCAGCAUUGACAUCUGCAUGGACUCUGCUGUUUCAACUGCAGUAAAGCUUAAGAUGCGAUGCGACGACAGGAGACCACUUGGCCGAUCCUGAUGGCGCCCUUCCACAGGAUUCAGAGGUGUUGGCCUGUGAUACCGGCCCCGAAAAGGCCAAAGUUCGCCUCCUCUCAUGGACUUCGAAUGAGUGUCCGGCAGAUUCUUCAUCACUGGCCACUGAGAUUCGAUGAGAGGUGG